GGGGGAGAGAACCAGUGUGGUAAAGGCAGGGCAGCGGAAGGAAGAUGUGUUGAGAAGUGUUCCAGAGAAGCCUCAAGCCACUAAAGAUGGAGAACGAGACAGGAAGUGAACUGAACCAAACGCAGCUUCAGCCGCGAGCUGUGGUGGCCCUCGAAUACCAAGUGGUCACCAUCUUACUUGUGCUCAUCAUCUGUGGUCUGGGCAUCGUGGGCAACAUCAUGGUAGUCUUGGUGGUCAUGAGGACCAAGCACAUGAGGACCCCCACAAACUGCUACCUGGUGAGUCUAGCAGUAGCUGAUCUCAUGGUCCUGGUGGCCGCAGGCCUCCCCAACAUAACGGACAGCAUCUACGGUUCCUGGGUCUAUGGCUACGUUGGAUGCCUCUGCAUUACUUACCUCCAGUACUUGGGCAUUAAUGCGUCCUCUUGCUCAAUCACAGCCUUUACCAUUGAGCGGUACAUAGCAAUCUGUCACCCCAUCAAAGCCCAGUUUCUCUGCACAUUUUCCAGAGCCAAAAAGAUAAUCAUCUUUGUCUGGGCUUUCACAUCCAUUUACUGUAUGCUCUGGUUCUUCCUGCUGGAUCUCAAUAUUAGCACCUAUAAAGAUGCUAUUGUAGUGUCCUGUGGCUACAAGAUCUCCAGGAAUUACUACUCACCUAUUUACCUGAUGGACUUUGGUGUCUUUUAUGUUGUGCCAAUGAUCCUAGCCACUGUCCUCUAUGGAUUCAUAGCUAGGAUCCUCUUCUUAAGUCCCAUUCCUUCAGAUCCUAAAGAAAACUCUAACACAUGGAAAAAUGACUCGACCCAUCAGAAUAAGAAUUUGAAUUCAAAGACCUCUAAUAGAUAUUUCAACAGCACAGUAUCUUCAAGGAAGCAGGUCACCAAGAUGCUGGCAGUGGUCGUCAUCCUGUUUGCCCUUUUAUGGAUGCCCUACAGAACCCUUGUGGUUGUCAACUCAUUUCUCUCCAGCCCUUUCCAAGAAAAUUGGUUCUUGCUCUUUUGCAGAAUUUGCAUUUAUCUCAACAGUGCCAUCAACCCAGUGAUUUACAAUCUCAUGUCUCAGAAAUUUCGUGCGGCCUUCAGAAAGCUCUGCAACUGUAAGCAGAAGCCAGUGGAGAAACCGGCUAACUACAGCGUGGCCCUAAAUUACAGUGUCAUCAAGGAGUCUGACCAUUUCAGCACAGAGCUGGAUGACAUUACUGUCACUGACACUUACUUGUCUGCCACAAAGGUGUCUUUUGAUGACACCUGCUUGGCUUCUGAAGUAACCUUCAGCCAAAGUUGAUUGAUGGAGUAGAGAAAAUGGAUGAUAAAGAAAAUGAGAAUCUGUGCAGUUAUCAACCCAAGAGAGGAAACAGCCAAUUACUUGUAUGUGACGACAGAGCAGACAAAUUCUUUGCUGAUGCUCUAAUAAA